AUGGCAGCCCCACUAGUCACAUGCACCAGCGAGGAGCAGAGUUCUGUGAUUCGGUUUUUGCGAAGUGAAGGUGUGAAACCGAUUGACAUUUUUAGGCGAAUGAAGGUUCAGUAUGGAGGUGCGUGUUUGUCACAGCCACAAAUCUAUGAAUGGUGCCGGAAAUUUGCAAAUGGUGUUACGUCCGUGACCGAUGCUCCACGCCUCGGCCAGGCUCGGCGCGUAGUGACUUCAGAGACCAUUUCAGCCGUUGAAGCCAUCGUUUUGGAAAACCGCCGUGUGACAAUAGACGAAAUUUCAGCAUCUGUACAUAUGAAUCAUGGAUCGGCAUAUCAUAUUGUGCAUUAUGUUCUCCAGUUUCAUAAGGUGUCUGCAAGAUGGGUGCCCCGACAACUGACGCCUGAACUGAAACAGCGACGUGUUGAUGCGUGCGAAGACCUUUUGUGGCGUGCUGAACGUAACGGUAAUGCCUAUGUUGAAAAGUGA